AUGAGCUGGAGCUUCCUGACCCGACUACUGGAGGAGAUCCACAACCACUCCACCUUUGUUGGAAAGAUAUGGCUGACGGUUCUUAUUGUCUUUCGCAUUGUACUGACCGCGGUGGGUGGUGAAUCCAUCUACUAUGAUGAACAAAGCAAAUUCAUCUGCAACUCAGGCCAACCAGGCUGUGAGAACAUCUGCUAUGACUCAUUCGCUCCACUGUCUCACGUCCGCUUCUGGGUCUGUCAAAUCAUUGUGGUGGCCACUCCAUCACUAAUGUAUCUUGGAUAUGCCGCAAAUAAAAUUGCUCAGUUGGAGGAAGACAAGAAGGAUGGGUAUUCUAAGAAAUUAUGUCUCAGAAGUCAACGGGAGUACCCUGGGAUUGAAGAAGCAGAGGAUGAUCUGGACGAGGACCCAACAAUCUACAAUAGCACUGAAGUAGAGAACGGAAGUGACAGGGCUCCAGAGGGGCGUGGAGUAUCCUUUACAAGUGAGAGCGGUAAGACACGGCAUGACGGUCGGAUGCGAAUACAAAGAGAUGGACUCAUGCGAGGCUAUGCACUUCAGCUUCUAGCACGCUCAGCUCUGGAAGUUGGCUUUCUGGCGGGUCAGUACGCUCUCUAUGGGUUUUCCGUGCCAUCUCGAUUCGUGUGCUCAGACGAGCCUUGUCCACACAGUGUGGAUUGCUUCAUUUCUCGACCAACAGAGAAGACUAUCUUCCUGCUUAUCAUGUACUGUGUGACACUGCUCUGUCUUCUUCUCAAUAUUUGGGAAAUGCUUCACUUGGGUGUGGGCACAAUGCUGGACCUCCUGUGCUUGAGACAUCGCUUCAGCCAGGACCAGGAUGAAUAUCAGCUUGUUCCACUACCUGCUGACCCAGUACAGCCUACAACAGCAGCAGGGGGAAGUGGUGCUGGAAGUGGAGAUGGUUUUGGAAGUGACCUCUUCUCAUGGAAUUCUGCCACCCCUUUAGCACCAUCAUAUUUUCAGGUCAGCGGUGGAAGUAGACAGGAAUGUCAAGCACUCCACCAGGAGUUCCAACAACCCCAGGUGAAGCAGGAGGCUUUAGUAGCCUACAUUCAUCAACAAAUUAACGGCAAUUCUAGCAGGAUGCACUGUGAUCGCAAACCCAGAGAGUAUAUGGUUACCAUGCGUGGCCGGAGCCAGUGGGACCAUAAGAGCCGCAAAUCAGACAUGGGGAAGCCUUCAGUAUGGAUUUGA